AUGCCGGUGGUCAUAGGCAUGGUGGUCCUGGUCCGAAGCCUCCUGGGCCGUGCCUUCGGACGUAAGCCCCGCACGCCAUACGGCAACCGCCUGCCGCCCCGGAUUCAUGACCGCCUGUCCCUGUCCCAGACGGUGGGCCGCCGCGUCGUGGUCAUCGGCGACGUGCACGGCUGCGCCUCCGAGCUGGACCGCCUGCUGGCCGCGCUGGCCCGCCCCGACGAUCUGCUAGUCGUCGUGGGCGACCUGGUGAACAAGGGCCCCGCCUCGCCCCAGGUGCUGCGCCUGGUGCAGGAGCGCGGCGUGCGCAGCGUGCGCGGCAACCACGACGACCAGGCCCUGGCCGCAUGGCGGGCGUGGGACGCGGGCCUGCCCAUCCCCAAGCCGGCCAAGCACGGCUGGGUGCAGGGGCUGCACGCCGACCUGGCGUGCGAGCUGGAGGCCUUGCCCUUCACCCUAGACCUGCCGGCCUAUGGCGUCACCAUUGUGCACGCCGGGCUCCUCCCGGGCGCAGAUCUUCGGGACCAGCCCCUGUCGGACCUCUUCACGAUGCGCGACGUCGUCCCCGCAAGCACCAAGGGCGCCGGGUCCCCGGCCCCAGGAGGCAACCCUGCCUGGGAGGCCAAUGCAGUCGGUGGGACCGGUCAGCCCUGGGCAAAGGUGUGGGCUGGGCCCCACCACGUCCUCUUCGGCCACGACGCGGCCAGGCGGCUGCAGCUCGAGCCAUAUGCGACGGGGCUCGACACCGGCUGCGUGUAUGGUGGCCAGCUGACCGCGUGCGUGCUGCCGGCCCUUGACCAUGCUGGGAAGCCGGUGGAGGACUCCAGCCCUCUACCAGAAGGCCUCCCCGGGCAGAGCAUCCGGCUGCAAGGGGGCAAGGGCAUCGAGGCGCAGGUAGUAUCCCUGCCCUCCGCAAAGACGUACUCUGACAAAUUCCUGAAGCUGGAGCAGGCUGCGCAAGUGCCCAUGGUGCAUGGCGAACUGUAA